CCAUUUUAUGAUUCUGGAUUAACGCUAGAGUUUGUGUAAUCUGAGAUUCUUGGGUUUUCGAUGGUAGAAUUACCUUUAUGUGCCCAAUCUGGAAGACCCAUUUCGGAUUUUUGUUGUUGACUGAUCGAAACCAGUCCUAUUGAUAUCUGAUGAGACGCCGUCCGUCGGCGAGCAAUCCUCCUGAGCUAAUGGAGAAAGCUACCGGAAAGAAUCAACAGUCUCGUCUUUGUUGGUUACUGUCUUUGUCUGUCUUGUUCUGGUUAUUACUCUUCUACUUCCAUUUUGUUUUCAUUGGACGUGGCAACAUUGAUGAAUCCAUAAACAUAGAACCUAAUCCAUCGCAAAGCAAGCAACUCAAGGCUCGUCGUUCGCCGGAUAACUAUCCGUUCAUGCGGGCUUUGAGAACAGUAGAGAACAAGAGUGAUCCUUGUGGGGGAAGGUACAUUUAUGUCCAUGAUCUCCCUCCACAGUUCAAUGAGGAAAUGCUCAAGGAGUGCAAGAGUCUCAGCCUCUGGACCAACAUGUGUAAAUUCACCAGCAAUGCUGGGCUUGGCCCUCCACUGGAGAAUGUUGAAGGUGUUUUCUCUAAUACUGGAUGGUAUGCCACCAACCAGUUUGCUGUGGAUGUAAUCUUUAGUAACAGAAUGAAACAGUAUGAGUGCUUGACACAAGAUUCUUCGAUUGCUGCUGCCAUCUUCGUUCCAUUCUAUGCUGGUUUGGAUAUAUCCCGCUACCUUUGGGGUUACAACACUUCCGUUCGAGAUGCAUCUUCUCUUGCUUUGGUGGAUUGGCUUGCUAAGAGACCGGAGUGGAAUGUUAUGGGUGGAAAGGACCAUUUCUUGGUUGCUGGCCGAAUAACCUGGGAUUUCAGAAGAUUAACUGAUCAAGAUUCUGACUGGGGUAGCAAGCUUUUGUUUCUUCCAGCUGCGAAGAACAUGUCGAUGCUGGUGGUUGAAUCGAGCCCAUGGAAUGCCAAUGAUUUUGCUAUACCAUACCCUACCUACUUCCAUCCAGCAAACGAUGCUGAUGUCUUUUUGUGGCAGGAUCGCAUGAGGAAAUUGGAGAGACCAUGGCUUUUCUCUUUUGCUGGAGCUCCACGUCCUGGCAAUCCCAAAUCAAUUAGAGGGCAGAUCAUUGAGCAGUGCAAGAAUUCCAAGGUUGGAAAGUUAUUGGAAUGUGAUUUUGGGGAGAGCAAAUGUCAUUCUCCAAGCAGUAUUAUGCAGAUGUUCCAGAGUUCUCUGUUUUGCCUUCAACCUCAGGGUGAUUCUUACACUCGAAGAUCAGCAUUUGACUCCAUGUUGGCUGGUUGUAUACCUGUCUUCUUCCAUCCUGGCUCAGCUUACGCACAGUACACAUGGCAUCUGCCAAGGAAUUAUUCGAAGUACUCGGUGUUCAUUCCGGAGGAUGAUAUACGUAAGAAGGGAGUUAGCAUCGAGGAAAGGCUUCUCCAAAUUUCUCCAGAGCAGGUGAAAAUCAUGAGGGAGGAGGUUAUAAGCCUCAUACCAAGAUUGAUAUUUGCAGAUCCAAGGUCAAGAUUGGAGACUCUUAAAGAUGCAUUUGAUGUAGCAGUGCAGGCUGUUAUUGACAAAGUUACCAAGUUGAGAAAGGACAUUAUUGAAGACCGUGAGGAUCCUAACUUUAUUGAGGAGAAUGCUUGGAAGUAUGCACUGCUAGAGGAAGGACAACGUGAGGUAGGGCCUCAUGAAUGGGAUCCUUUCUUCUCAAAACCAAAGGAUAAUGGGGAUUCAGAUGGUUCAUCUGCAGAAGCUGCUAAGAAUUCUUGGAAGAAUGAACAAAGGGACAAAUCAUGACUGGAGGAAAAGAAACUUCAUCAUAUAAAUUCCAGUCAAGCAUGAUUCCAGCAGUCAGGGGCUUGAACGAUCCUAGCUCCACAAGUGGGUGAGUGAUGGCAAGUAUGAUAGAUACCUAAUGAGAACCUUGUGAUGAAUUCUUUGAGAACUUGCCAUUUAUCUUCUCUCACCUUUGUUAAACCUUGUUUACAUGUAAAUGUGAGAGAAAUGUUCUCCACAUUCGAAAUAAUUUUGUUUCAGUAAAAGUCAGAUUCAUUCCAUUUUGCAUU